AUCAGUGUCCGUGUUUUCUCUGGAUGCGUUUUGUGGGGGAUUGCUGCACGCGGAGCUCCGCUCUUUUGUUGGGUCCGGUGGUCGCGGGGCAGAGCUGGAUGCACAAGCCGAGGCCACUACAGGGGCGACUCUGCUGCCCGCAGGCUGUGCACUAGCACACCGCCUGCAUUCAGCUGCACGACACCACCCCCCUUCCCUAUCCCCUGCUCCACACGCGUUAUUACACGUCGUUACAGUCGGACUCUUUGCCCACCAACCCCCUUUGUUGUGGUUUCCCCAACCUGCUGUCCCAAGGACGAGCCGCAGACAUUGUCUGAGGACACUCGCCGACUGCACGGGAAAGACCUCGUCUUCUCACCGAGGACGCGAGCGUGUGGCUGCUGUGUGUUUCUCUGUCACCAGAAGCUCUCAUGUUGUUGUUUGUUUUCCACUGCAGAUCUGUCCAGAUGGAUAAAAUGCAGCCCAACCGGAUUAAAAUCACAGAUCUGAAUCCACACCUCUCGUGCCCGCUGUGUGCUGGUUACUUAAUUGAUGCUACGACCAUCGUAGAGUGCCUGCACUCCUUUUGUAAAACUUGCAUCGUUGCCUUCUUGGAGACAAAUAAGUUCUGCCCUCGAUGUGACGUUCAGGUCCACAAGACAUGUCCACAGCUCAGCAUCAGGGCAGACAAAACUCUACAAGAUAUUGUUUAUAAGCUCGUUCCGGGGUUAUUCAAAGAUGAGAUGAAACGGAGGCGGGACUUUUACGCGGAGAAUCGCGUUUUGGAACCGGGGGAAGUGGUGGAGACGUUUAACAUCGCUGAGGAUGAAAUCAUCAGUCUGUCUAUACAGUUCUACGAGAGGAACAAAAAUAAUGAGAGGCAGCAUUCAGAGUUGGAAGGGGACAAGUCCAAUGGUAAACGCUUCCUGCAGUGCCCAGCAGCCAUGUCCGUCAUGCAUUUGGCAAAGUUCCUCCGUAGCAAGAUGGAUAUUCCCAACAACUAUCGGGUGGAGGUGUUGUAUGGAGAUGAACCCUUGAAGGACUACUACACACUAAUGGACAUUGCCUACUUUUACGAGUGGCGACGAACUGGACCCAUCCCCCUGCAGUAUCUGGUCAAACCCAGCAGGAAGCGCCGGAGGCCCCCCCAGUCUGCCGUGCAGGGCCACUCCGACGGCGUCAACACCAGCCCGACAUCGGAGAGCGAUUCCCACAGCGACAAAGUCCCCAGUCCCACGGCGGCCCAGCCGCCCAGAGCCUCCUCGCAGUCCAGCCCGGCGUCCCACAACCUCUCCCCCGCCAUCCAAAGCUCCAACGGCACCACGGUGACCAACAACACUCAGCGACACACUCUGGCCUCCAAACAGGGCGCCAACGCUCGGAAGGUGACUGUCAACGGCACGAGCUCCGGGGCCAGCAAAGAGGAGGCGAGAGGAGGCGACAAAAGCGGCUUGCCCCCGACGACCUAACGUGCAGGAAAGGGGGGAGCGGGGAGGACAGUGUUUGAAUUGCUCCCCCGACCGAUCUUUCUAAAUGGAGAGGAAAAGACGAGCUCGAGCCUUCUGGACAAAAAAAGGAGGCAGAUUAUGGUUCUCAUCUUUCAGCGGGAAAGACUGAGAAGGGCAGCCAAAUAGACACCUGUGUGCGUGUAUGUGCGUGCGUGUGUGUGUGUGUGUGUGUGUGCGCGUGUGUUUGUGUGUGUUAGACUAGAACAGUGCACACAUACAAACUGUACAGUAUGUAUCAAAUGUGGGCAUGUGUGCAUACAUAUGUAUAAACUUAUCUUUUAUACAAGAUAUUGUAAUCGUUUUGUAUUGUAUAUGCAGUGGGUCUUUCAUUUCCAUACUGUAAAUGUAUCAACAUCGAUCUGCCUCCAUAACACGGGACAAAAUGCUAAGAAGGCAUCGCAGUGUUCGUCGCUGCAGGAGUUGGAUGUAAAGAGAAAAACAGUCAUGUUAAUUACUGCUGUAUGUGUCCAUUAAAAGCAAAUGUUCAUCAGGUAACAGGUACAUUACAUUGAACGGUUGAUGCACUUUGUCACGGUCAGCUCACACAAUCCAACAAGUAUUUUCCAACUGGAGAAGCAUUUAUAUUUACAAAGUUCCUCGCACUACCACGCUUGUGAAAAGACGUUUGCCAUCAGGCCGUGUUCUUUUCUCUCAUGGCAGUUGAGCUCAAAAAGGGAUUCGAAUAUUUGGCCGUGUAUGUUGUAGUUCCAUACAUUUCAACAUUCCUUUUGUUUCUUUUCAACAAUACUUUUUUUUUUAUCAGCCAUAUGUGCAUGUUUUAGGUCAAUAAAAUGUUUACUUACUAGGUUUUUCUGACCUGAUUGUGCUGUUUAUGAUUCCCUGAAUGUGAUAGGUUGUAAAGCAUGUAGCAAGAAUGGAGCUUUAGAUUAAAUAAAUUUUGCUUGACUUUUAA